CUGAUUCUCAAUAGAAGUACAAUGACGAGCCAUGCUCAAGAUAGGUUCUCAGAGUUCUACGCGAAAUGGCUGAACCAAUAUGAAGCCAAUCUCAAAGAACUCCUCUCUGUAUCAAGAGACCCUUCCCAUGGCCAUCUCCACCAAGCCCUUAUCUCCAAAGUAAUGACUCACUACAAAGAAUACUACACUGUCAAAUGGGCUACAGCCAAAGACGAUGUUCUGGGUUUCUUCUGUCCUACCUGGUUCACCCCUCUCGAGAAUGCUUACCAUUGGAUGACCGGUUGGAAACCCUCCAUGGUUUUCCGUCUCAUAGCCUCAUUACACAAAUCCCAGGACCCAGUUUCAAAAAUCGAGGAGCUUCGGUUUCGGAUCAGAAUAGAGGAAGACAGGGUGGAUAGAGAGAUGGAGAGGCAGCAAGUGAGCAUUGCUGAUAAGCCAAUGGUGGACUUGUCUAGGCUUGCUACUCAGGUUAAGAAUGGAGAGGUGGUGGGAGAGUUGGAGAAGUAUGUGGAUAUGGCUUUGAGCUCUUUGUUGGUUGGGUUAGAACAGGUUAUGAAGAUGGCUGACUGUGUUCGCUUGAAGGCCUUGAAGGGUGUAGUGGAAAUACUCAAUCCUUUGCAAUCUGUGGAUUUCAUGGCCGCUAUUGCAAUGUUGCAGAUUCAGCUGAGGAAGGCUGGGAAGAGAGCGGAUCAUGGGAAGAUCAUAAAGCACCAGAAGGGUUAAGAAGUAUCCAUUUAUGUUUUAAUGCAUGGAGUUCAUCAUCAUCAUCAUCAUCAUCAUGUCACAUGUUGUUGUAACAGUUGUUUAGAUCAUUUAGACGGUUUGAUUAUAGAGAGAGUCCUUCUGCAUGCAUGGUCAGAGUUUGGUGGAGUCUAGGAGAGUAGGAAAUUAGAAUUAGUAGAGUCCAGUGUCCAUGUCCAACCUCUGUAUUACGUCUCAUAUUUAAUAAUGGAGAGUUUGUUAAGAAUUAAA